AUGGCUUCAAUAAAAUUAUGUUCGAAUGUAAAAAGUUCAUCAAGAUUCUACAUGUUGAGGUUAAAAAAUCCUUUGAUUGAACAUGGGAAAAACUUACAUCAUUUUCGGCAAAUAAGAAACAUUGUAGCAUGGUGUCACAUCUCCGGUGAACAAUUUAAUCAGUAUAACUUUGUACAGUUGAAUACUCUUAAGAGCUUUUCUACUACAAGAACACUGUUAAAAGGUAAAGAUCGUGGCAGAGACAAAAAGAAGUCACAAAGUGUACAUACAGAUUUGAAUGAAUUAGCUGAGGUUGUAAGUGUUGAGCAUAUGAUGCAACAAUUUGAUAAAGCAAUAGAACAGUAUAAAGAUUCAAUGAUAAAACACGUAACUCUACGUACUAGCAUAGGUGCUAUUGAAGAAUUAAUGGUAAAGUGUGAUGAAGAUGAAUAUCAACUUCAAGAGAUUGUACAAAUUGCUCGAAACCCUAAACUCAUAAAAUUGGAUGCAUCUAUAUUCCCAGAAAUGAUCUCACAUAUUCAUAAGGCCCUCUCACAAUCUUCAAUGAAUUUAAAUCCACAACAAGAAGGUACAACAAUAUAUAUUCAAAUACCUAAAGUCACCAAAGAACAUAGAGAAAAUUUGGCAAAGACAGCGAAAAUAUACUUUGUGAAAUGCAAAGAUAACAUUACUAACGUACGAAAUAAGUAUACGCAGGAUAUAAAAAAGAAAAAAAGUUUACCUAUUGAUUUAGCUUCUAGAGCUACAGUUUAUGUAGAUAACAUAAGUCAUGAGUAUAUUGACAAAGCAGACAAAUUAUUAAAGACAAAACAAAAAGAACUUUUGGGUGAUUCGUAA